AAGGGGGCGGGAGGGGGGGGUGGGGGAUCCCGAGGCGGCACCCACGUCCCGGAGUCCGCGAAGGCUCGAGGAGGCGCCGAGCGAGAGCUGCCCCCCGCCGCAACAACUCGCCCGGACCCGACACGCCGCAUCUUGCAACCCUGGAAGAAGAAGAAGGAGGAGGAGGAGGAGCCCGCCCGCCCGCCCGGCGCUCCCCGCUCGGCUCCGCUCCCCGGCCUCCGCGGGCCUCGCGCCGCGCCCGCAUUCCCACCCCCACCCACCCCCGACCCCCCUCUCCUCGGAUCUGGGUCCCCUGGGACGCCCCGAUCGCUAGCAGCGCCCGGCCCUGGCCCAGGAGCGCGCAGCUGGGGUGCCGGGGAUACCUUGGUGAGCAAGAGAUACCGCCGUCCUUGCUCCCGCAGAUCCUGCAGCCCAGUGGAUGGCGCCCCGAGUCCACAGAACUGCCAGGAAAGAAAAAAAAUUUCCUGAUGGUUGGUCCAAGCAGGGCCUCCCUGGUGGAUUGAGGGAAUGCCUGGCUUUUCCUCAGCUCACUCAUCUCUGUGGUAACCACUGGCAACCCCAAGAAGACCCCCAAAAUGAGAGGCCCGAGGUCUUCAAAUCACUACUAGAAACAUUUUGGCCCUUCCAGAAAACAGAAUGCAGCUCCCACAUUCGUUUGUAAGGGCCCAGGGCGCACGCUGACCGAGCACCGGCGCGCGCGCACCCGCGCGCGCAGCCAGGCACGCGGGCCCCCCGGGGCGGACGCGCCCUUUGCUCCAGGUCCAGGCUGGGCGCUGCCAUAGCAACGUCCUGGACGCCCAGCCCUCAGACCGCCGCCGCCGCCGCCGCCACCACCACCACCACCACCACCACAGCAAACGGGGUCCUGGGCUUUUCCUGCUUCCAAGGCGGGUGGCGGCGGCGGCCCAAGCCAGGUAGACGAGACUGGACCGCCCCUUCCAUGCAAGCAUAGGCGGCGGAUUGGCCUGCAAGCAUGCCUUUCCAGAAGCACGUCUACUACCCGCUGGUCAGCAGCCCCGACGGGUCGGACGCCCCGGCGGCAUGCGCAGCCUCCAUGGCCUACGUCCCCCCCAGCUCGACGUCGGGCCCCCAGCCCUUCUUCCAGUUCCGGCCGCGCCUGGAGAGCGUGGACUGGCGGCGCCUGAGCGCCAUCGACGUGGACAAAGUGGCGGGGGCCGUGGACGUGCUCACGCUGCAGGAGAACAUCAUGAACAUCACCUUCUGCAAGCUGGAGGACGAGAAGUGCCCGCACUGCCAGUCGGGGGUGGACCCGGUGCUGCUGAAGCUCAUCCGCCUGGCGCAGCUGACCAUCGAGUACCUGAUGCACUCGCAGGACUUCCUCACGGCGCAGCUGCACGGCGUGGAGGAGCGCCUGCGCCUGAGCAUGGGCGACUGCGAGCAGAGCAAGCAGCUGCUCAGCCAGCAGGCCGGGGAGAUCAAGCUGCUCAAGGAGGAGUGCAAGCGCAGGAAGAAGAUGCUCUCCGCCCAGCAGCUGAUGAUGGAGGCCAAAGCCAGCUACUACCAGUGCCAUUUUUGUGACAAGGCCUUUAUGAACCAGGCUUUCCUCCAGAGUCACAUUCAACGCCGCCACCCUGCAGACUCUCGCCUUGAGUACAAGACAAAGGCCCAGACUGACAAGCUCCAGAAGGAGAUUGACAUGUUGAAGGAGCAGCUGCAGCUCACUAAGUCUCAGCUGGAGUCUGCGCAGCACAUCCACGCCUCCCGCUUCUCCAAGGAAUAUGAAAUGCAAAAGUCAAAAGAGGAGGAUUUUCUGAAGUUAUUUGAUAGAUGGAAAGAGGAAGAAAAGGAGAAACUAGUGGAUGAAAUGGAAAAAGUCAAGGAGAUGUUUAUGAAGGAGUUUAAAGAGUUAACUUCGAAGAACUCAGCCUUGGAAUAUCAAUUGCUGGAAAUCCAGAAAUCCAAUUUGCAGAUCAAGUCCAACAUAGGUACAUUAAAAGAUGCCCACGAGUUUAAAGAAGACCGCCCCCCGCACCCCCAGGACUUCCAGAACGUGAUGCAGCUGCUGGACAACCAGGAAAGCAAGUGGACAGCUCGAGUUCAAGUUCUCCAUCAGGAACACAAGAAAGAGAAGGAUCGGCUCCUGUCACAUAUAGAGAAACUUCGAACCUCAAUGAUAGAUGAUCUAAAUGCAAGCAAUGCAUUCUACAAGAAAAGGAUAGAGGAGCUGGGCCAGAGACUGCAGGAGCAGAACGAGCUGAUCAUCACUCAGAGGCAGCAGAUUAAAGAGUUUACCAGUAAACCGUCAAACAACGUCAGUGAAUUUAAAGGGGCUCCUUUAACUUGGCAGGCUUUUGAGCCCAAGCCUGCUGCCCCGGCUAUACCUAUAAGUGCCUCAGCCCCGCAGACAUUGGAAGCUAAGUCAAACCUAACAAUGGCCCAUGUAGAGCAGCCUUUCUCAUCGCACAUCCUGGAACCAAUUGAAGAACUCUCAGAUGAAGAAAAAGGAAGGGAAAAUGAACAGAAAUUAAAUAAGAAGACAUAUGCAAGGAAAGAUCUGAAGACCGGGCCUUCGUUCACCAAGGAACUCAGAACACUCCUGGAGCAUAACUUGGUGAAGAAACUCGAAAACUUGGGGAUUCACUCAAACACACGGGGCAUUCCGAGUGAUCACCUGAACAGAGUCCUUAGAACGGUAGAACUAGGAAGACACGAGCAAGCAAGAAAAAUACCAAACAUCCAGCAAAUUCGAGAAUCUCUAGAGCACCAGGUCAGCUGUAAAAUCGAGGAGAGGACAUUGCUCUCUUCAGGGAAACCUGCUACCAACUGCCAUUUCAUUGCUUUGGAUAAGUACAGUGCUCCUCAGAUGGACACCCCGCUGGCUGAAGAAGUACCCAAAGCAGUCCAGCUUCCUCCCCCAAGUAAACCACUGGUUAGACAAAGAUCUGCUUUUACGGAUAGGAUGGCUGUUCCAAAAAGUAAGAAAACCAUCAUAGAAGAUCAUUUUUCCAGAAAAUCUUUAUCUGCAGCGACGCCUCCCUUCAGCUCCGAGGAGGAGCUGGAAGAGGACGACUUCAUCCAGGCUUUUGUGUCCCCAGACCUGCUUCCCCUUCAGCUACCGAGAAGCAGCAAGAGCAGCUUCGGCAAGAGCAGCAUCAAAAGCGACACGGAUGGGACGGAGGGGAGCGAGAUCGAGGGCUCCGACGUGUCUUCCAAACCCUCAGUAACCUCCAUUAAAAUACAAACUGAUAAAGUGGAAAAGAUCAUUCCACAGCAGAAAAAUAUGAAUAAACCAAUUGGAGGGAUUCACAUUCCUGACAAGCUUGACAAAAAAGAAGAAUUCAAGGAGGAAGAACUAAAGUGUGCAGAUGUGGAUGAUGACGACUGGGACGGCUCAUCCUUAGAAGAAGAAAAAUCUCUGGGGAAAAAAACUGGGCAAGACCAGAGGUACCCUCCCCAAGUGAAGAAGGAAUUCAGUUCUCUCCAAGUGCCAUGUGCCUGGGGUGCAUUCAUCCCUCGCGAGCCCAAGGGAGAAGGAUUUCAAGAUCAUGAGCCAAACACAUUACAAAGCAGCUUAGUCACUGUGACUGAAUGGAGUGACUUUCUAGAAGUGUAACUUUCACAUGCACACACUCUGAAGCCAGCAGCACCUCAGUUGUGGCCUCUGCCAUCCCAGUGUUCUUGCCUUACAGGCUUCCUCAAACAUCCGGAAGCUGACUCAGAGAGCUGCGGUCUCUCUUCCAGGGCACCUCGUACAGUAUUGAAAAGCAAAUCGUCGGCAGUAUUUUGAAGUGGAUAAAGGUGAUUGACUCCUGCUUGAAAACAAAAUGUCAUGGAAGUCAUAAAAAGUGUUUUCUUCAGAAUGGUAGUCUAGUGUUUAAGUGUAUUAUUUUCAAGUGAAAAUUUUUUUUUAACUUACAGCAGGUUUUGGUUUGAACUUAAGACAACUUUUAAAAUAGUUUUAUGUCUGUUGUCACAUUGAAAUGUUUAAUACUAGAAAAUUCUGUUAAUACCUUGAAAAUGGAAUCCGUAGAAUCUGAAAAAAAAAAAUCCCAACAGUUAGGUUAGUUAUUUUUCAUAUAGGAACUUCAAGUGAUUAACUGUAGCUAGGCCCACAUUAAACACAUUUCCCAAAGUUUCCUGUCUAGUCUCAACUCUGAGCUUGAGCCCCCAUAAGCAUGUUGCUAUUGAACAGUAACUUCCUGCAAUACAAUCUUAAUCUCCGUUAUUUUAUGAAUCAACUGUAGAUGCCAGUUAGCUGCGUCCGAAUAUCAAGUAGAAAAGAUUGAGCCAUUACUUGAAUAUAUGUGUAAUUUGACUUCUUUUUUAAAUGCUCAGCCCAUACUAUAAAAUACCUCAAAACUCAUUUAGUUACUUUCUUGAACAAGGACGUUGCCAGUCAGUUCCUAGACACUGUUCUUUACAUUUUUUUAACACUUUGGUGGUAGUAGCCGUACUGUUUCCUAAAAAAGAAAUUCUUAACUAAAUGAUUUGUUGGGUUCGGGGAUGUCUUCACCUGUCAACCUUACCAGUAAAGCCCUCCAUUAUAUCACUGUGCCUGUGGUUGCUCAUUAGAGAUGAUUUCUG